AUGUUAACAAAAACAUAAAGUCUUCGCCGUCCGUGUUACUUGCUACCGGAAGUCUACGAAUGCGAUGAACCGUUCGAUCCAGAGGACCAAGGAUGUCAAAACGACUCAGCUUCUAUGGUCUAGUAGGCCUGGCGUCCCUUUGCAUCUUCUUCUUAGCAUUUAAUCAACGCUACAGCAGCUAUCUCGAGCAUCGACUGCAGCCGGUGAUAUCGGAUGUGGAAAUAAGGCCACGCAUCAUCAAAAUUCAAGAUCCAGUAACGACAUAUUUUAGAGGAUCCAUUGAAAAUGUCACGCUUUCUGAAAUUCAGGAGGUUGUUGACCAGCAGAGAAGAUCAAUCGAGGGAGAAAUGGAAGGGUAUAAAUAUCCUAAUGGAAAAUAUGGAAUUAAUGUCAGUAAGUUGGAAGACUUAGUAUUGGAGAAAGGGGGAAGACCAAUGAGAAGUGUGAUCCUAACGACCUGGCGAAGCGGUAGCACGUUUCUUGGUGAUGUUGUCAACGCACAUCCAGCUAAUUUUUAUCAUUAUGAACCCCUACUUGAUUUCGGAAUCGUACAAAUCAGAGGGUCGCCACUUGCCGACGAAGCUCUUAGUAACCUCGAAGCUUUAUUGAGAUGUGAUUUUAAUAACCUUGAUCGAUAUUUGGACUAUGGUAAAACGCAUCCUUGGGUUUUCAACCAUAAUACUCAUUUAUGGAAACAGUGUCAGAUUCACAAGAAAAUAUGUUGGGAUCCACGUUUCGUUUCCAAAUUCUGCAAAUUAUUUCCCUUCCAAUCGAUGAAGAUUGUUCGUUUAAGACUGCGCGCCGCAGAGAAGCUUUUAGAACAAGAAGAUUUAGGAAUACGAUUAGUUCUAUUAAUUCGCGAUCCAAGAGGGAUUUUACAAUCAAGAAAGCAUCGAGAGUGGUGUCCCACUAAACCCGAUUGUUCGGACCCUGCAUUAGUAUGCGCGGACAUGGUUUCGGAUUUUAGUGCCGCUGUACAACUGAUAAAAAAGUACCCACGUACCUUUAGGGUGGUACGUUACGAAGACUUAUCUGUAGAUCCCUAUGGACACGUGAAAGAACUGUACAAUUUCUACGGUUUGGAUUUUCAUAUAAAUGUAAAAACAUUUUUGGAUACUCACACGAAGAACGACGUAGGUGGCGUAUCGAGUACCUUUCGGAAUUCGAAAGUGGCGCCAUUUCAUUGGCGGGCAGACCUCGACUUCGAGGAAGUCGAUGAGAUUCAGAGAGUUUGCGUGACAGCCAUGCAGCUGUGGGGUUACGUUAUGGCGUCGAACUCGAGCCAUCAAAAAGAGUUUGACCCGCUGACGGACUACCAACUGCAGUUGUGA